UCACCUUUUUACUGAGCUCCAACUUAUGUUAUUUAAUUGUUUUUUUAAGGAAUUUUCAAUUAAAAUUGCCAAAAAUGAUGCUGCGUAAAUUGCUAAACGUUCGCUGUGGCCACCUGGUACGCCGCUGGGCCAGCUCCGAUCCCCUCAGCCUGCAAAACGAGAAGCUGCAAUCGUAUUUGGAGUCACUGCGCCUGGAGUACUACGGCCUGCGUGUAAAUGCAACCGGCAAUAGCAGAGCGUACGAGCGGCUCUCUCAGCUGGAGGGAGUGGUUAACGCCCUGGAACAGAGGCGUGUCCUGGAGCGCAACAUUACCAGUGCCAAGGACAUCGAGCAGGAGAAGGACGAGGAUAUGCGCAAGCUGAUGGAGGAGGAGAACGAGGUCUACGCAGAUCUGCUGAGCAAGCAGGAGGAGACGAUGCUGCAAGAGCUGCUCUCCCUGGCCGAUGACGAGGUCUAUCCGGCGCUCAUAUUCGGAGUGAAUGCCGGAGCUGGGGGGCAAGAGGCCAUGCUGUUUGCCCAGGAGCUCUACGAGAUGUACACCAGCUACUUUGAGCACAUGGGCUGGGAGUACGAGGAGUUUGCCCGCGAAACGACCGACAUAGGUGGCCUGAGGCAUGCCAACGUCAUGGUCAGUGGUGCGGACGCCUUCCAUUGGCUUCGCUUUGAGGCGGGCGUCCAUCGAGUGCAGCGUGUCCCUGCCACAGAGAAGUCCGGCCGGAUGCACACCAGCACGGCCUCCAUUACUGUGAUUCCUCGUCCCGCCGAUGUUCAUGUUCACAUAGCUGAAAAGGAUCUUAAAAUUGAGACGAAGCGGGCCAGUGGAGCGGGCGGUCAGCAUGUGAAUACCACCGACUCGGCUGUGAGAAUUGUCCACCUGCCCACUGGCCUGGCCGUGGAGGCGCAAUCGGAGCGCUCCCAGCUGAAGAACCGCGAGCUGGCCAUGAAGCGUCUUCAGGCGCGACUGGUGCAGCAGCAGCUGGAGAGCUCAGAGGCCAGCAAGCAGGCGACAAAGAAGGCGCAGCAGGGCAGCCUCAACAGGAACGAAAAGAUUCGCACAUACAAUUUUGUGCAGGAUCGGGUCACGGAUCACAGGAUUCAGGGCGGUACACUCUACAAUCUGGAUGGGUUCCUGAAGGGUGGCGAGCCGCUCACUGGACUGGUGGAGAAGCUACAGCUGGAACACCGUAGAGCCCGGCUGAGGGACCUCUUGGAGGCGUGGCAGCCGCCACAGGAGGCAGCUAACAAAGAUUAAAGAUUAGAGCGCACUGGAA